AUGGGGGUGCAGUCGGACGAUGCAGCCGGUGAAGACUGCGAGCUCGAUGAGUUCGUCUUUGAUGAAGAGGAACUCAUGGGCAGUACGCACGCUUCGCCUAAGGCAAAGGGUCUGGUCCCUCGGUACCACUCACCGGAGUCCUUGGACAAACGGAUUGACGAACUUAUCCACGAAACUGCAGACCUUUUGGGGUUGAACGAAGCUGUUGUUGGAAUUCUACUCCGCGCGUUUGACUGGCGAAGCGACGCCUUAGUUCAAGAGUGGUUUAAUGACAGCGCUGCGGUCCUUCGAAAGGGCAGGCUUCCUCCAGAGCUUCGGGAGGCGGAGAAGGAGCAGAACACACCUGCAGCAGUCACCAAUGACCACGCUUGUGCCCGAGCCCGGCCGGAAGCACAUGGGAGUGCAGCGGGAGCGGCUCCAUCGUGCGCUGACAUAUCCAAUAAGAAAGAAGCUGGCGGCAUGUUUGAGUGUCCCGUCACUGCAAAUCUUGUUCCCCUGAGCGACACGUUUGCUCUUAAGUGCAACCACCGUUUCUCCAAUGCCGCAUGGAUAGGAUAUCUAGACGCGUUGGUCACCGAGAGCCCGCAGCGCGCUCUUGACGCCCGGUGCCCUUUCCCUGGAUGUUUGGAGCUCGUAACUAUGGAUGUGUGGCACUUUUUCCGGGGGCCACCAGCAGUGGCCCGACUGCGGAUGUUUGCUCGUGAACAGUUUGUGGGGAAGCACCUGGCUGUUGCCUGGUGCCCGUCGCCCACGUGCGAGCAAGCAGUGGAGUUGGUCCCAGCAGCAAUGAGUUGUUCGGAUACUGAAUCUUCCUUUUGCAACUUGUCAGCAGCAGAAGUUGCGCCGGUAGCAGACGUGACUUGCAGUUGCGGCGCUCGAUUUUGUGUACUGUGUGGGAACGAGCCUCACCGACCCAUCUCUUGUCGCGUCAUCGCAGCGUGGAUGCGGAAGAACGUACGGGAGGCCGACAGUGUGACUUGGAUUUCUUGCAAUACACAGCCGUGCCCCAAAUGCCAUCGUCCGAUUCAAAAAGACAAGGGGUGCAUGCACAUGCGCUGCUAUUGCCAACACGAGUUCUGUUGGCUGUGUCUUGGUGACUGGAAGCAGCACUCGACUAGGAGUUUUUAUCGGUGCAACGUUUAUGAGCAGCGAGGUGGUGAAUCUCAGCAGAGUGGCAGCAACGCGGACGCACAACAUUCGCUUGAGCGGUAUGCGCACUUUUUUGAACGCUACAGAGCCCACAACCACGGACAGCAAGUGGCAGCACGCAUGCAGUCUAGCCAGCUGCAGAAGUGCCGGGAGGUCGCCGCUUCUGCUGGAGGAGCUGGCAUGCAGCCACCACCAGCUAAUUGCUCUCCUCACAAUGCAAAUGAUACUGAAGAGGACAAAGUUCCCAACAGGCGCAGGUCGGAAAGCAGCAGCCCCACCCCAUCAGGCGAACGAAAUGGCACAUCCCCUUCCAGCAACAGGGACGCAGAAAGCCCUGUCGGUUUCGGGGAUUUUGACUGGGACUUUUUGGAGAAGGGGUGGCUGCAAGUUGUGGAGUGUAGGCGAAUGCUGAAGUGGUCGUAUGCUUUCGCAUUUUUCGCCGAGUUUCCGGAAACCCGGCAGAAGCACCUUUUCGAGUUUCAUCAAGGACAACUCGAAAGAAGCCUGGACCUCCUUCAGGAAAGACUCGAAACCUUUGAACCGAAGGCAUACAUUGAUAGGGAUCCUGCAGACCUCAUUACUUUCAAGAUGCAGUUGCUCGACUUAACUGCGGUCGUCCGCGGAUUCUUCGCGAAAAUAUGCGAUGUAUUCGAAGAUGAGUUUGUGGCAGACGCAAUGCAUGUCAACGACAGAGAAACAGGCUAA